GAGGAGGCGAUGGCGCCGGCGGCGUCGAAGCUGCGGGCCGGGGCCGGGGCCGGGGUCGGGGCGCUCCCGCAGCGGGCGCUCGCCCAGUACCUGCGCGUCCUGCGGCUUUACCCGGUGCUCACCAAGGCGGCCACCAGUGGCAUUUUGUCAGCACUUGGGAACUUCCUGGCCCAGCUGAUUGAGAAGAAGCGGGAAAAAGAAAACUGCUCUCAAAAGCUAGAUGUCAGUGGGCCUCUCAGAUAUGCCAUUUAUGGGUUCUUCUUCACAGGGCCACUGAGUCACUUCUUGUACCUCUUCAUGGAGCACUGGAUCCCUUCCGAGGUCCCCUGGGCUGGGGUCAAGAGGCUCCUGCUGGACCGCCUCCUCUUUGCACCGGCCUUCCUGUUGUUGUUCUUCCUCAUCGUGAACUUCCUGGAGGGGAGAGACGCAGCUGCUGUCGCUGUCCAGAUAAGGAGAAGCUUCUGGCCGGCACUGCGCAUGAACUGGCAAGUCUGGACCCCAGCGCAGUUUGUCAACAUCAACUACGUCCCUUUGCAGUUCCGAGUGCUUUUUGCCAACCUGGUGUCUCUGUUCUGGUACAUCUACCUGGCCUCUCUGGGGAAGUGAAGAUGACCUGAAGCGAAUGCAGACACACUGACCAUGUGGGUCUAGGGACCCACCGGCCUAGGGUGAGGGAGCCAAACAACCUGGUCGGGACUUUAUCUGACUCCAGAUCAUGUGCUUGAAGAUGGAGAAACAAAUCUUUUAACGUAAGAAUUUUGUGUUUUAAAAAGGCAGAAACUAUCUUCAGUGAUGCUGCCUCAGAGUCAUAAAAAACAGUAGUGUUGACUUCACUUGUCACCUUGAAUUACGGUAACAGUAAACUACAAUGUAACUUUU